AUGAGUAGCCAGAUAACGGAAAAUGAGUUCUGGGAGGGCCGAGAACAUCUCAUUCUAGCACAAGCUGCUGCCGAAAGUCAGAAGCGUGGAAAACCUGGACAACUGGUGGACCCUCGUCCUCAGACCGUAGAUGGAGAGAUCAAGAUUAUAAUAACCCCUCAGCUUGUCCAUGAUAUAUUUGAGGAAUAUCCUGUUGUUGCGAAAGCUUACAACGAUAAUGUACCAAAUAAGCUUUCAGAAGCCGAGUUCUGGAAACGUUACUUCCAGUCCAAACUGUUCAAUGCGCAUCGUGCUUCCAUCCGUUCUUCUGCAACACAGCACGUGGUUCAAGACGAUCCUAUUUUUGAUAAGUACUUGGAGAAGGAUGACGACGAGCUGGAGCCUCGCAGGCUUCGGGAAGAAGCUGUCGACAUCUUCAUAGAUUUGAAUGCCACUCAAGAAGAUCAUGACGAGACAGGAAAUGUCAAAGAUAUAACCAUGCAGGCGGGAAAGCAAAGGGCUGUACUCCCCUUGAUUCGCAAAUUCAAUGAGCAUUCCGGCAGGCUUUUGAAUACGGCGCUAGGAGAGCGUACUGCAAAACGCAGGCGAGUGGAUGUGGGAGAGGGAACAGAUCAUAUCUCGCAGCUGGAUCUGGAUGAUUUACAUGACAGUCAAACCUCAGUGGGUAUAUUAUUGGAUAUGCAAGAUCGGCAAAGGUAUUUUGAGAGUAGAGUGGCAGAUUCCUCGGGGCAGCUGGCCGUUAAUGAGGUUUUGGAUAUCAAUACAGCUCUGAAGGAGUUUAAGCAAAGCUUAUCCGGCUGGACCGAUAAUCUGAAAAAGCUCAAAUUGGAACGCAAAGCUGGAGAAGAGGCACUUAUUGCUAUGACUGAGAACGUCUCUGCUCGCCUGGAAGUGAAGAUGAAGAAGCAUGACAUGCCUGAAGGCUUGUUCCGUCAGAUGACAACGUGUCAGACAGCUGCAAAUGAAUUUCUACGCCAAUUUUGGUUAUCUGUCUAUCCGCCAGCGACAGAAGGGCAAACUUUAGCUAUGCCAACGCCGGCACAAAGAACAGCAAAGGCUACCAAGAUGGCUGGAUAUCUGAGCAAAACACCGAGCAAAGUGACAGCACUAAUCGAGACUGCCCGGCGGGAGGGCGUGGAUCCUUCGCGUGUGGAGGUGGCUAUGCAACCAGCAUUGGAUGCGGUUGAUAGAGCCCUUGCAUUUUGGCAUGCGAGAGGCUCACAAGUGACUGGCUGA